ACACUGCCCAGGUAGGUCCAACUAAUUAGCAGUGACGGAACCAACUUUUCACUAUCUAGUAUCCAGUAACAUUGCAAGAACCCAGCGAGCCUUCCCGGCAUUAUAUGGUCCAUACCUAGGUAACAGGCAGCAAAGCCACUGCUUUUGGGACAAAGGAUCUCUAAUAAAUACUUAUGUACCCAUCUCCACCGGACUGAGAAUGAUCGGAUCAUCAGAAUUUUGAAUAAUGGAUGCCGAGCCUUUUUCUCCUCGCCGCAUCGUGCGGAUUCCCCUGUCCGAUGAGCCUGAAGCUUAUGUCCUGCUUGAUGUUGUCAGUUCUGACCGCUCGCACUUGAACCUGAAAAUCACUGCAACAGAAGGGGAGAAUCCAUUUGUUGGAACAGUCAAAGAGGCUGAUUUGGGAAGCUUUCGUGCCAAAAACUACUCAGGCAACGAAGAGGAAUGGGUUCAGAUUGUAUCUUAUGUCUUCGGACAAAUCCCAUCAUCAUCUCCCAGUCGUCUGCGAUUGUUAUCUGGUCUUUCAGUAUCAGCAACAACAUCUGAUACAGGGAACGGCGCCAAAAAGCUGGCUAUUACUAUUAGGAAAAAAAUCGAAGACAUCACACAAAGGCUUGGCACGAUUACUCUUUAUCAAGAUGAUGAACAGGCUAUAGAGCUAUUUGACUGGUCGGGCGUUGCGGUUGCUCAAGCAGAGAGACUUGAAAAACAAAUUGCAUCCCUUAUUGAUAGAUGUCAAGCAGCAGAAGAUGGUAUUUCCAAAUUAAAUAUUCAACUUGAGGAACUAAUAAGCGCCAAAGGCAAACAUGAGUCUCAACUUGUUGCAAAUUUCCUUCAGCUGUUGAACGAAAAGAAACUCAAGAUUCGCAACCAGCAAAGAUUGUUGUCCUCUGCGACAAUGGACCCAGAUAAAGUCAAUGCAGUGAAAGCAGCAGCAGCUGGUAGGCCACGAAAGCCCAGCGGGAAGCGUCAAUCCACGAAGCGUGGAGCUUCGGCUUUGGAUGAUGACGAAAUCAAAAGUGAGGAUGAAUUUGAACAGAUGGAUGUCGAUCGUAGUACUCGGGCCGAAGACCAGGAAACCGACGGUGACCAGCCCCAGACACCUCAACCUCUAGAGACAGAGGAAGACACUUCAGCCGAUGAAGAAUACCAGAAACCCACGGUUGAAGAGGCGCCUAUUCAGUCCCACAGAGCGGAUGCUCAAGUUACGUCUAAAGGGCUAGAUUUAAAGAACCCAUCUACUGCUCCACCGCCGAGAGAGCUUCCAUUUGCUCGGAGGUAUACCAAACAAAGCACCCUCCAAAGCACCAUCCAAAGCCAAUCAGACCUGUCUCUCGACGAGAUGGGUAGAGAGACAGACGCCGGAGAAACAGACGCUGGAGAGACAGAUGAUGAUGAAUUAUAGUAUAAGCAUCAGACAUUUUACUGCAGGGUACUAGUGAUUUUUUACUAAAAUGUUACUUGAAGUAUGACCCUGCGGUCAGUACUUCUGAUAAACUUGUAUAAUCAUGAAGGAGUUAGUGACUAACCUACUACCGCUAAAGGGAUAUAAAUACCUAGGUACUGAGUCCACAUAUUAAUAAUGAUUUAGUAGUGCCUACCACUAGCAUCUCAAAUCAAAAUACUAAACCUCGACACAGUUACACUGAUUGGGGUCUUUGUGCUUUCUCUGAGAAUGUUUAUUUAUAACUGAAGUACGAUCUCUUU